AUGCUGGGCUCUGGUUUCAAAGCUGAGCGCUUACGAGUCAAUUUGAGAUUAGUUAUAAAUCGUCUUAAACUGUUGGAGAAGAAAAAAACGGAACUGGCCCAGAAAGCAAGGAAGGAGAUUGCUGACUAUCUGGCUGCUGGGAAGGAUGAGCGAGCACGCAUCCGUGUGGAGCACAUAAUCCGGGAAGACUACCUUGUGGAGGCCAUGGAGAUCCUGGAGCUGUACUGUGACCUGCUGCUGGCUCGGUUUGGCCUUAUCCAGUCUAUGAAGGAGCUAGACUCUGGUCUAGCUGAAUCUGUGUCUACACUGAUCUGGGCUGCUCCUCGGCUGCAGUCAGAAGUGGCCGAGUUGAAAAUAGUUGCCGAUCAGCUCUGUGCCAAAUAUAGCAAGGAAUAUGGCAAGUUGUGCAGGACCAACCAGAUUGGGACUGUGAAUGAUAGGCUGAUGCACAAACUGAGUGUAGAAGCCCCACCCAAAAUCCUAGUGGAGAGAUACCUGAUUGAAAUUGCCAAGAAUUACAAUGUACCCUAUGAACCUGACUCUGUUGUCAUGGCAGAAGCUCCUGUUGGGGUGGAGACAGAUCUUAUUGAUGUUGGAUUUACGGAUGAUGUAAAGAAAGGUGGUCCUGGAAGAGGAGGAGGGGGCGGGUUCACGGCCCCUGUUGGUGGACCCGAUGGCAUCGUGCCCAUGCCUAUGCCCAUGCCCAUGCCAUCUCCAAAUGCUCCCUUCGCAUACCCACUGCCAAAGGGACCAGACAUCUACAAGUUACAGAUUGGGAGGCGGUGUUUCUGA